AAAUUUCCCGGUUUGCAGCCCCAUAGAGACAGGUUCUCUCCUGCUAGUUAAUAAAACCGGUAGGCCAGCCAGCUUCCUUCUGGUUGCCACGGAAACCACCAGGCCACUGGCCCUCUGCAAACGGAAAAGAACAGCGAGUAAGAGACCACGAGACCACACAUUCCACCCUGGCUCGCAGAUUAAACCAGCUGUCAAGCCGGGGUGAAGGAGCAGAGGCCAGGGAAGAGCCCCGGGCUGCGGACUGGACAGGCAAGGAAGGCCCUGCGGUGGAGCCGCAAGAUGUUGCUCCAGGGAGAAACUUGAAGGUUUUGUUCGUUGCCAGAGUCGCCGUGUUCAGAGGAAGAAGGUGGCUUUCAGUGGACUGGCAAUGAAGGAGAAACAGGAACAUACCAGUCCAUGCUGGACAAGAAUGAUACCACCUCCCAGCUUCUGCCUCCUUCUGCUCGGGGCAUUAGGCGUCUUUGCACUUGGCCACUUCACAAAAGGUCAGAAGAUCAGCACACUGAUUUUCACAAAGGGAAAUACCAUUCGGAACUGCAGCUGCCCUGUAGACAUCAGAGACUGUGACUACAGUUUGGCCAACUUGAUGUGCAGCUGUCAGUCUGUCUUGCCUUUCACCAUGGAGCAAACCAGCUAUCACAGCCACCUGACCAUCUGGUUCACAGAUCCAGCCACGCUGGGCCACCUGCUCAAGUUCACUCUGGUCCAGGAUUUGAAGCUCUCCCGGUGUGGUUCCAACACCCUCCCUACUAAGUUCCUGGCUGUCUGUGGGCUGAGGCGGCUUCGAAUCAGCACUGAGGCCAAGCAUCCCUCCCGGGAGCAGAGUUUGCUCAUCCACAACAGAAGGGAAGGAGGCUCUUCAUACAAAGGCUGGCAAACAUGUAUGUUCAUCUCAUUCUUGGACGUGGCUCUUUUCAACAAGGUCUCUUCCUUAAAGUCGUACAGUAUCGAUAACAUUUCUAGCCUCACCAGCGACUUCCCUGAUUUUUCUUACUUUAAAACAUUCCCAAUGCCAAACAACAAAAGCUACGUUGUCACAGUCAUUUACUAGUAUCCUGUGUCCAUCCACAGAAACUCUGAAAAAACUGAGGGACCAUUUGAACACGGAAUCGGGCUCUACGGUCAUGAUAUAGUGUUCCCAUUCCUUCUGUCAGCCAACACAACAAAGCCACACCUAAGAGCAGCCAGUUCUCUCUGUUCUACUGUCAAUGCUAGGAGCUACUUGACUAUGAUAUGUCCUGAGGGCCAGCUAGAAGCUAGGUCAUUGAAGCUGGCAGCUUGUGGAGAGAUGACAGGUCAGAAGGGGAGAGAGUAGUGCAUACCAGGGAUUAUUUAUUGGAGUUCAGUGCAUGACUUCAUGGCCCCAAGGACGGGAUCUUCUUUCAGAAUGUAGUAGUCCUUCCUUACCUGUGGGUAUACUCCAAGACCCUGAGGAUGCCUGAAUGUGCAAACCAUACUAAGCCCUAUGUACACUGUACCUUUUCUAUGCAUAGAGGAAUUUUUAUGGGAUCUAACUUAUAAGAUCUCUGUGGGAGUUACAAAAAUUGUAACAUGUUAUAAGAAAGUUAUACACUCUUUCAUGCACUAUUACACUGCACUGGCUCUUUCCAUAGCAAUGGCUUUUCUUUGGCCUUGCUACUUUGCACAUUAUGGCUAUUAUGGAAUAAAACAUUGUUUUUUUGGAUACUACCAUGGCAAUCACAUGGUCAACCUGAUAACAGAGACAAGUCACUAAGGUGAUGAUGGGUGGUAGCGUAGGUAGUGUUCAUAUGACUCAUCCCAGGUGGAACUGGGCGGGACCACAUUCUUCACACUCCUCAGAACAACUUGAAGCUUUAAACUUCUGAUUUAUAAAUGAAACUAUAGAUCAGGAAACACUGUGCCCUUUUCUUUUUUCUUCCUUCAUUUUGUGACAUGCUCUGGAAAUCCCCGAUUCAAAAAUGAUAAAUUUCAGAAAUCUGGGGAUCUAAAUUGCUCUAAAUGACAGGUUUACUCACACUGAUGUUUUCCAGAGUUUCUUAGAAGAAACACGUUGAGAAAUUGGAACUUCACAGGUCCAUUUAUGGGGCCUGGGAGGACUGUGUGGGGCCUUAACAACUGAAGGCAUCAGGGCACUCAGAGAGGGUGCACACACACACACACAUACACACACACACACACACACACACGGGCACAUGAGUGAAAACACACAUAGAAUCUACAUUUAACCUCCAAAUUUUGCACAAAGCACCACUCCAUGGGAAGGUCUUUUCUGUUCCUUUUUUUCAUAGAGCAGCAUGGCAAGGCUCUUCUGGUCUUUUUCCUUUCAUUUCAAAUGCAAUUGUUCAAGCAUUUUUGGUACCUUCUAUCCCCCACCCCGUCUUUUAUCAUUUACUCACAUGUCCUUUUCCCUCUUGCUCCAGAAAUGAGAACUUUGAUUACUGUCAGAAGAAUAGUUAAGCCACAUGAGAGCUAGCUGGUGAACCCAGCUCACAUUACAAAGAAUUUGUUUUAAAAUGAAAUUUUGGUUCUAAUUCCAUCUGGAAUUUUAAGAUGAGAAAGUUAAGAUACUUCAUAUGAGACAGGUAUCACAAAAUUGUAUUGUACAUAUCAAUAAAAGAAACCAAAGCAACAUUUAAAAAAUAAUUAAAUUGGUUCACCAUUACAUAAAGAAAAGUUCCCCACAUAGAGAGACCCUUUCUACCAUUAAUGUGCAAUAUUCUUAAAAACCUAUGUCAGGAAGAUGGAGAGAUAACUCAAAGCUUAAGAGCAGCUUGCUGUCCUUCCAGACACCAUGAGUUCAGUUCCCAGCACCUUCGUUGGUUUGCUCAUAACCAUCUGUAACUCCAACUCCAGAGGAUCCAAUUCUAACCUCCACAGGAACUUGCAUAUAUGUGACAUACACACAGAUAUAUGAAUAAAAGCUAAAACUAAAAAUUUUAAGCACAUGCCAGCUGUGAUACAAAUAUCUGAACUUAGAAUAAAAUAAAACUGAAACAUUAUUGGAUUCAUGAUACUAUAAUGAUAAGAAAUAAUUUUAUUGUAAGAUCACAGGGUAGUCACAUUUAUCAUAUUUUUUUAUCUUAACCUUAACAUAAGGUAACUCAACCUGCAAUUACUGCAUUUACAUAACUGGCAGGGGAUUUGGUCAUUCAGACUAAUUAACUUGAAUCUACAAUGUCAGCAUUUAAAUUAGGCCAAAACAAAUUCCAAACUAUGAAUUUUAAUAGAAAGAUGUAAUGGCCUCAUUACUGAUAUAGUUCAGAGGUAACUUAAAGUGAGAAAAAGACAAAGAGUUGGGGAAAAAAGAAAUAUCUAAGUGAAAAGAUAAAUUAUAUGUACUUACCAUCAUUACUGAAUGUAUUACAUACUGAAUUUUGAUGGAAACCUACUAAUUAUGUUUUCAAAAAGUGAUGUUAGAAAUUAUAUGUGCCCAUAAAUACCUUCCAUCUGGCAGCUGCUGCUGGACUGAGAGCUUUUCAAAUAUGAUUGAUGUGAUUCUUAUGAGAAAUUGUAGUGGGAUGACUUGGCUUGGGACUAGCAGUUUGUCACCUGAGGCCAGCUGGUAAAAGUUUAGCCAUCAUUUCAAAGAGAAGGAGGAAGACAUAUAUUUUCCUCACACUCACAGGGGGGUAUUAUACAUUUUGCUGGUUUAAAGGUUGUGAAGCACAUAAUUUAUGAAUAAUAAUAGAUAUUAUCCUCUUUUCUAAGUUCAGUGUACAAUUCUCAAUGAAUAUUUUUGUUUUUUUUGCCAAAUCCCUGUACCUAAAGGUUGGAAUUGAUGAGAAAAGAAGAUCUCAUAUAAACAUAGCUUGAUGCUUUCAUUUAUAUCAGUGAUAAAUAGCAGUAAGAUGUGAAUAUGCACAGGAAUGUCACUUGUUAGUCAAUGAUACACUUUUAGUCAAUGAAAUACUUUUCACGGAAUCAAAUAGUAUUUUCAAAUACUAUAGGAAUUUCCUUAAUUUGGGAUAUUAUUUGCAAUGUAAAGGUUAUAGACUUGACACAUCUUAUAAAUUAACAUGCAUUUUCUAUUAUAUCCAACAAAAUAAAAUAAGACUGAUCUAUGCAGCUCUUUCCAGUUUUGUGAUGCACAUAUUGCAACUAUGAUUAGUUUCAAGAUAUUAAGAGAACAGAGUUGAGAAAAGACACACAGUAUGCUAACACUACAACUCAAUAGGAGAGAAGUUUACCCAGCACACAUGUAUGCCUGAUUAAACAGCACAUACCCCCUAUAGACGCCAUGUCAUGUAUAACUUCAAGAGCACGAGUAAAAGUGUAACCUCAUAAGAUAAUUACAAAGCAUAAAUCCUGCUGUUAGAGUGUGACUCUGGACUUUUCCUAAGGAAGGAAGAAAGAAGGCAGGAAGAGGGUAGAAGUAGAACGUGCUGAGUUCAUUGGAGGUAGAGCAAGUGGACUGGAUAGGCAGCCGUGGUGUAGUUAGCUACUGGAGAGGACUCAGUACCUACCACGAGCUUGGGUUAGGGCCCAAGGCACAGUGGCUGAGGUUGAGUGGCAGUGAGGAGUGGUUUAGGCAAUCAAGAAUGUGCAGAGGUCCUGCUGCAGUAUUGAUGGGGCUAAAAGAGUAUUCAUGAUGGCUCUAGAAAGAAAUGCACCUACGAGUGUAGCUAAGAUGAUAAGCUGUGUUGUUCCUUAUCUUCUCAGUUUUUAAAGUGCAGGCAAUACUUUCAGUUAGAAAAGGUUACUUAAAAGUUCACUUAGAAUUGUAAUAAAUUCAAAGCUCGAUCUGAGUCUUCAUCCUGUAAUCAUGCUAUAAUAUUAUUGUAUUAUUUAUCAUAUAGCUUUUCUGGCUUCUGGUAAACUAAAAUAUAUAUAAACAAAAGAAAUAUUAAUUUUUUUAUGUUUUACACCCAAAGGUGAUGUUUAUAACCCCACUGUCUUAAAAAAAUACCUGUACUUUAAAAUUCUCCCCGGUCAAGAAAUAAUGUACAGAUGACAGUAAUAUAAAACAGGCCAUAGGUGGGUAUUUUCAAGAUAGGAUACAUGGAUAAUUUUGCUUUUUCACUGGUCAUGCAUGCAUUUAAAGUAUAUAUUGUCAAUUGAAAUAUAUUUAGGUUAUUAUUAAAUAUAAGCUAAAUCUAAAUAAGUCUGAAAGUGAAUCUAAACCUAAAGGACCUGUGGGUCUGAGCUGCACUUUUCUAUAAAGGGGGAAAUGUGAGACACUGAGCUGGAUGAAGUGCCUUCAAACGCUCGUUGUGUAUGAUGCGCUCCAGGAAAGUUUACUUCAGGAGACAGACACUUUGGAGCUGUUAACUGUCUUGCAGGACAAUGUCCUGUCUUCAUUCUGAAAAUCCUUACACACUUUCUAACAAUAAAGAUACUUACUAGUCAUUGGUAUAUGUGUUGAUUUUUAAAAAAUGACAAAAACAAACAAACAAACAAACAAAAAAAACAAACCCGCUCUAGACCUUUAAAGUCUAGAUUGGGUCACUAGUAAUGGCUUGAUUAAAAAAUAUUAUUUGACUGACAUAGAAUCAGUGGCAAAAUUUUAUAAAUUUUAUAAGAGAGUGGUGUUAGGGAUUGAAUUUAGGUCCUCAUGUGCUGAUCAUACACUCUGCCACUGAGGCCACACGCUAGACUUAGGAAUUUUAAAUUUUCUUAGCUAGGACAUCAGCACAUUUUUCCAGUCAUGUGCUAUGGACAGAGGUAUGUGUCUCCACUCACAAGAUGCUUGUAAUAACUGCAUAUCUCAAGGCAUUUUUAGCUGAGCAAAAUGUACAUCUGAAAUGUGAUUAAGCUAGUAAACUUUUAAAAGAUUUUUAUAUGUGAAGAGAUAAAAAUAAAAAUAUAAACACUUA